GCUUCUCUCGCACUCCGUUUCUCACACCACGCCGCACUCUCCUUCAGCAUGAAGUUCUCCCUCGCCCUCCUCGCCGCCGCGCUCGUCGGCUCGGCCGUCGCCCUCGACGCCCAGCCCACUGCGGCGCCCGUCGCCAAGCGCCAGCAGGCCGGCGUGCCCGACGCCUCGCAGAUCGCCCAGCUCCUCUCGGGCCAGGACAUCCAGCAGAUCAUCGCCCAGGCCUCGAGCGCCCUGCAGAACCCGGCUAUCGCCUCGUACCUCGGCGCCAACCCGGGCCUCGUCUCGUCGGUCAUUGCCGCCCAGUCGCCUGCGCUCGUCAGUGCCGUCGGAUCGGCGUCUGCCCAGGCCAUCAUCUCGCAGGCCACGGCCGCACUCGGCUCGGCGGCGCAGAACGCCUCCUCGACGCCCUCGCAGACGUCCACCGGCACCGCGCCCGCGGCCACGACGCGCCGCCCCGACGGCGCCAUGGGCCUCUCGGCGAACAUUGCUGGCGCCGCACUCGCCGCCGGCGCCGUGCUUGCCGUCGUUGGCCUUUAGAGCACCUGCUCCUGCGUCUCGCCUUGCGCCGCCCGGGCGCGCGCAUCACGAUCGACCUUCUCCGGCCUGCACGACCCCUCUCGCCUUUCCCAGGACCCGCACGCACGCCCCGCCGCUGCGCACACGAACCUAGAGCUCCAGACUUGGCUCCGCCUUGCAUGCUCGACC